UCCGCGCUCGAGCGCCAGUUGCAGUGUGGAUAGAAGCGAUGCGCGAGAGAAGUGAGGAGCGAAGAACAUUGAAGCUUUAGGGGCUUGACUGUACAACCUUACGCGACAAUUUAUCCACAAUUUAAUCGACUUUCGCCACAGGAAAUAUAUUAUCCUUAUUUACCAGGUGCGUAAGACACUGUUGAACGAUAGACUACACAGCUAAAGACUGUCUCUGGGAAGGAAGAGAUCACAGAACACAGAAAAGGCGUUGUAGUUCAGUCUGUCCAUAUCCAUCCCUGUGUUCACUAGAGGAUCUCUAAGGACUCAUACCUUCACUGCAACCCCAUCCCAGUCACACAAACCUGUCUCAUCACAAGGGCUGGAGGAUGGGGCCAGGUGGGGCUGUCUCUGUGGCCCUGCUAGGGUUCACCCUCCUGGGGUUGAUCUAUGGCGCGUUGCCCUUGAACCCGGAUGACCCUAACGUGUGUAGUCACUGGGAGAGUUAUGCUGUGACUGUCCAGGAGUCCUAUGCCCACCCCUUUGACCAGGUCUACUACACAAGAUGCACCGACAUCCUCACCUGGUUCAAAUGUACCAGACACAGGAUCAGCUAUAAGACAGCGUACCGUAGGGGUGUGAGGACUAUGUACAGAAGGCGUUCUCAGUGUUGCCCAGGCUUCUACGAGAACGGAGACCUGUGUGUCCCUCAGUGCUCAGUAGAAUGUGCCCAUGGUCGGUGUGUGUCUCCUGAUACGUGUCAGUGUGAACCGGGCUGGGGAGGAGUGGACUGCUCUAGUGGUUGUCAGGCUGACUUCUGGGGCCCCCACUGCACUAACCGGUGCCAGUGUCAGAACCGGGCCCAGUGUAACCCCAUCACGGGGGCGUGUGUGUGUACGGACGGGUACCAGGGCUGGCGCUGUGAGGAGCUGUGCGAGGCGGGGCUCUAUGGGAAGGGAUGCCAGCUAGAGUGCCAGUGUCUCAACGGUGCCACCUGCCAUCACGAGACCGGAGAGUGCCUCUGUGCACCGGGAUACACCGGGGCUAUCUGUGGUGAGCGGUGUCCCUCUGGUAGUCAUGGCGCCCAGUGUGAGCUGCGUUGCCCGUGUCAGAACGGUGGAACGUGCCAUCACGUCACGGGGGAGUGCUCCUGCCCCGCUGGAUGGAUGGGCUCGGUGUGUGCCCAGCCGUGCCAGUUUGGCACCUACGGCAUCAACUGUAGCCAGGAGUGCCCCUGCCGGAACAGAGGUCUGUGUGACCACGUCAGCGGGCAGUGCCAAUGUACCGCCGGCUACAGCGGAGAGAGAUGUCAGGAGGAGUGUCCGGGGGGGUCGUACGGUCCUCAGUGUUCACAUAAGUGUGACUGUCAGAACAGAGCGAGGUGUUACCAUGUCAACGGGGCCUGUCUGUGUGACGAGGGGUUCAAAGGUCCGAGCUGUCAGGACAGGUUCUGUCCCUCUGGACAGUAUGGACUCAUCUGUGAUAAAUACUGUCCCUGUAACGCCUCAAACACACUCAGGUACCGUCUGUAUGGACUCAUCUGUGAUAAAUACUGUCCCUGUAACGCCUCAAACACACUCAGCUGCCAUCCGUUGUCAGGGGAGUGUGCGUGCGCGGCGGGGUGGGCGGGUCUGUUCUGCAACGAGACCUGUCCGUCAGGUUACUAUGGCGAGGGAUGUAAGGAGGCAUGUGCGUGUGCCAACGGAGCCGACUGUGAGGGCUUCACCGGAGCCUGCGUCUGUGCCCCCGGGUACACGGGUGAUGACUGUUCUCUGACCUGUCCUGCUGGGUUGUAUGGGGCCAACUGUUCCUCUCCCUGUUCCUGUCACAACCAGAUCGCCUGCUCACACAUCGACGGAUCCUGCAUGUGCAGAGAAGGUUGGCAGGGUGUGGAUUGUACCAUCUCGUGCUCCAGUGAUACCUGGGGUCUGAACUGUAAUCAGACGUGCCUGUGUGCCAACGGGGCGGCCUGUGACCCGGGCAAUGGAACCUGUACCUGUGCCCCCGGCUGGAUGGACGAGUACUGUGACACAACCUGUCCCGAGGGCACGUAUGGAGAACAGUGUCGAGAGCAGUGUGACUGUAUCCAUGCCGAUGGCUGUGACCCUGUGAGAGGCGACUGUCGCUGUCUGGCUGGAUGGACUGGUGUGAACUGUGACAGUGUGUGUGUGGAGGGCCGAUGGGGCCCAGACUGCUCCUACUCCUGUACCUGUGAGAACGGAGGCUCCUGCGCACCGGAGGACGGAACGUGUGUGUGUGCCCCCGGAUACAGAGGCACCUCCUGCAGACGCAUCUGUUCUCCAGGGUUCUAUGGUCAGCGCUGUAGUCAGUCCUGUCCUCAAUGUAUCCAUAGCGAUGGUCCCUGUCACCACAUCACAGGACACUGUGAGUGUCUGUCAGGAUUCUGUGGCUCUCUGUGUAACCAAGUGUGUCCCAGUGGCAGGUAUGGGAAGGGCUGUGCAGAGCUGUGUAUGUGUAGUAACAACGGGACCUGUAACCCCAUCGAUGGCUCCUGUCAGUGCUACCCAGGAUGGAUCGGAGAGGACUGCUCUAAAGUGUGUCCCCAGGGUACGUGGGGUCCAGACUGCAUCCAUACCUGUAACUGUCACAACGGGGCUCAGUGCAUCGCUACAGACGGACAGUGUAGCUGCAGCGCAGGGUGGAGCGGACUCUACUGUACACAACGUUGUAGUUCAGGGUUCUUUGGUACCGACUGCUCUGAGGUGUGUCGGUGUCAGAACGGAGCGGACUGUGACCACAUCACUGGUCAGUGCUCCUGUCGGACCGGAUUCAUCGGACACAGCUGUGAACUCAAGUGUCGUCCCGGUACGUUUGGCUACGGCUGUCAGCAGCUGUGUGUGUGUAUGAACAACGCCACCUGUGACUAUGUGACUGGAACCUGCUACUGCAGCAUCGGAUACAAAGGCAUCCGCUGUGACCAGGCUGCCCUGAUGAUGGAGGAGCUGAAUCCUUACACUAAGAUCAGCCCGGCCUUGGCAUCAGAGCACCAGUCAGCGGGCGCUGUCAUGGGCAUCAUCUUCCUCCUCCUCUUCAUCAUGAGCGUGUUGGGGGUGGUGGUGUGGUGGCGGCAUAACCAGAGAGAGAAAGGAGGGCAGCACAUGCCCAGUGUGUCCUACAGCCCUGCCCUGAGGAUCAGCAGUCAGGGUUACUCCCUCUCUGACUACAUGAAGAGUUCACUGUCCAGCACCUGCUCUCUGAACAGUGAGAACCCCUACGCCACCAUCAAUGACCCGCAGGCCGUGGCCUGUAAACACACAGAGAGCAGCUAUGUAGAGAUGAAGAGUCCUGUCCACCACGACAUGUCCUACUGCUCUUCUGCUAUAGUCACCACCACCGCCGCCACACACACCUCCAGCAAGAACGUCUAUGACGUGGAACCCAAGGUGAGUGUUCUCCAGGGCUGUAACGGUGUGGUGGUUCCCACGUACCCUCAGAACCCGUACGACCUCCCCAGGAACAGCCACAUCCCCAGCCACUACGACCUGCUGCCCCUGAGACACAGCCAGAGCUACAGCCCUACACACAGCCAGGAGCACAGCCACCAGAGCCACAGCCCACCCUUGCCCGGCAGCCCUACCAGCUCCCUGCUAUAGACAGACCACUCCCUAACGCUGGGCCGCGACCUUAGACCUAUGACUUACUGUUGGGGCACGGUCUGCUCCACCUGGGGUUGCGGAUAAAGACUGUAAUGUGACUAUAGAGACAAAGUACCAGUGCAACAUCAAUGUUAGUGGACAUACUAGAUGAUAUACCAACAGAAGCUCUGUGUGGACUCACUGCUGUGUGGACUCACUACCGUGUGGACUCACUACCGUGUGGACUCACUACCGUGUGGACUCACUGCUGUGUGGACUCACUAACGUGUGGACUCACUGCUGUGUAAAGCAUACUGAACGUGUAAUAUAUUACAGCUAUGUGAAGUGUCUGAGGAAGACACUGGGAAGUCAUAUAACUACAGGAGAUGUGUGGUACCCUCUUUGUUUACACUCUGGCUCGGUGGAGGACACACACAUCCUAGGAAAGGAAGGAAGGACAGACGCAUACACACACACACACACACACACACACACAUCCUAGGAAAGGAAGGAAGGACACACACACACAUCCUAGGAAAGGAAGGAAG